AAAUCCUUGUCGAGUGUUCUUUUUUAACCUGGUUUUGGUGUUGGAAUCUGUAGAUCGAAUAGUGUUGUUUUGUGCUGUGUGUCGAGUGUUCUUUUUUAACCUGGUUUUAGUGCUGUUGUUUUGUGCUGUAUGUAGCCUGUAGGUAGCCGUUGCUCCCUCCCAUCCAUUCCACCCCCUUUCGUUUCUCCUAGCCGUUGCGGGGCACCCCAACAGCGCACUGCACCCUUUGGCGUCCGCGCCCACACUCCAAUAAUUAACAGAGGGGAAACGAAGAAACUGAAACCGUUGUCGCGGCAUCCUAAGCUGAGCAAUCAAUCCACCCUCCCCUUCUCCACAAUUCCAUAGGAUCGAGCGGCGAUUGAGAGUGAGCGAGUGAAGUGGGAGGGAAGGGGGUGAGGACUGAGGAGGAAUGGGAGGGCUCAGAUCGAGAAUCCUCAGGACCUUGCAGUCCUUCCCCAACGCCGCCGGGCAGUCCAAUAUCCUCCUCGCGCUCCCUCCCGGUGCUGGCCCCUCUCCGACGCCGGCGGCGUCGUGCGGCCACCUCCAAGAACCGGCGCCGCAGGGGAAGGUGCCGGCUGAUGAAGCAGGGGCGGCGGCCGCGCACGAGGUGCCCGGCGGCGGCGCCGAUGACGACGGCGACAAGGAGAACGUCUCUCCGGGGGUCACCCCGCGCAAGGCCAAGAAGAUGAAGCUCAGCUCGGACCACAGCGACGUAAGCGCGGCGGGUCCUGGGGAGCCCGCCGCCGCCGCUGCCGCCGCCUGCUACCGCCGGCCGGACCUCGCCUCGGUGACGCUCUUCGACCCGGACCUGCUCGCGGCAUUCCGCCGCGCCGUCGACGCCUACGCGCAGGCCCUCGAGGUGGCCAAUCGCCGCGACGACAUCGACGAUGGCGACGACGGGGACGGCGUGCCGGGCGGCGGCGAAGGAGGGGGAGGAGCAGCGGGCGUCGCGGACCCUCUAGAGGCGUUCGAGCGGCGGUGCCCGCCGGGAGGCGAGCGCGCGGUGGUGCUCUACACCACGUCGCUCCGCGGCGUGCGCAAGACGUUCGAGAACUGCGCCCGCGUGCGCCGCCUGCUCGAGGGCCUCCGCGUCGCCUUCCUUGAGCGCGACGUCUCCAUGCACGCGCCCUACCGGGAGGAGCUCCGGGCGCUGCUCUGCGGCCAGGACGGCGCCGCCGCCGAUCAAGCCCCCGCCUUCCCCGUGCCGCCGCAUCUGUUCGUGGAUGGGCGGUACCUCGGCGGCGCCGACGAGGUGGUGACGCUGAACGAGCGCUCCCAGCUCUGGCCCGUGCUCCGGCGCGCGCCACGGCGCGGCGCGGGGGACGGCCCGUGCGCUGUCUGCGGCGGCGCCUGGUUCGUGGUGUGCGGCGGGUGCAGCGGCAGUCAUUGGCUCCAUGACGCCGGCGGCGCCACCGCCCCUACCGCCGCCGGCCGCGUGCCGUGCUCCGCGUGCAACGAGAACGGCCUCAUUCCCUGCCCUCUCUGCAGCUAGCCCGAAAGCGGAAUGGUAUGUGCAGCGACCUGAUUUGGGAGGCAUAUUCUGUUAAUUAUUUUGUCAUGUGUGUAUUAUAUAAUCCAAUUCAAAUCAUGUGUAAUUCUAGCUCCCUUUACCAAAUUAAGCGACAAAAUUAGUGGAUCCCAAUUCCGGUGGUUGCUCUUGCUGCCGGGGUUUUGAAGGGAUAAAUUUUGCAGAGCAAGCUGUGCAUUGUUCUCUGUCCAUCCAUCCACCAAAUUGAACAGGCUAUCUAUUCAGUCCACUUUUUUCAAAAAAUCUAUUCAGUCCAAGUUGGCAA